CGAGAGAGCGAGAGAGAGAGCGAGAGAGCGGGGUUAGCGAGGAAUACAAGCGAUCGGAGCCCGCGGUGUGAAGAGGGAAGAGUUUACGCCUUGAGAGAGUGGUAGACGCCGCGGGGAUAGGGACGUUUGCUUGGAGGAGGAACGCGCGGCGCCAUGACUAUCGCUCAGAAGCCGGGUAACUUGGUGCUGAAGGCCCUGGCAGCGCUGGUCCCGUUGAUGGUACUUAUUGGCGUGUCGACAAGUGGGAACGGGAUGAACGGCGCAACUACGAAGGCCGUUGAUGGGGCGGGGCGCCGAUUGCAGACAGCCACGUACGACUUCGCCACACAGCUUGAGAUGACGAUUUGCCUCUCGGAGGAACACAACUCCGACUCGGCUACGUCAACCGCUGAUCAGUUGAAGGUAGCUGUGAUGGAGAUAUUUGGGAUUGAGAGCGCUGACGAUGUGAUGGUAGACGACUCGUUGACUAGAUGCACGGUGGACAACUGGCAACGGAGGGUGUCGAUCUACAACAGGGCGGAUGAGACGGGCUCAGCGGCGGACAUUGCUUCGGCACAGGUGGACCAAAUCUACCCUGGAGAGUUGACGACAGCGUUCUUGGAAGACAUUGCGACGUCCAUCAAGGCUCAGGAUGCAGAGCUUGAAUUCCCUGGGACCGACUUGGAUUUGUUGAGCCUGGGGUUCUUGGUGAUCUGGCUUGAUUCGAACGGGGACGUCGUGGACAACCAGGGCACGACUACGAGCAAGGACGUGGUCAACAUUGGGGGAACAGACGUCUGGUGGCCAUGGUGGGCGUGGUUGAUCUACGCUGCGGUGGUGCUGUGCUGCAUCUGCCCAAUGCUCUUCUUCUUCUUCAAAUGGCGCCGGGACAAAGAGGCCGAACUGGAUAGCUACGGCGGUGGAUCAGGUAAAGACAUGGGGGCACCGGCUCCCCCUUCGGCAACAUCUUCCAACCCCUAUGGCGGGAACUACUCCGCGGAGGAGCACAAGAGCGGCAAGUGAUGUUGAGGAGCUGCGGCCAAACGGGACGCUUCACAUGGAGGGGUGGGGGGUUCUUUUUAUGUCUUGAGCUAUCUGUCUCUUUUGGGAGGGUAAAAAGUAUCUUGCAGAACAAGAGUCUUUUCUGACGGAUUAAGUAAGACAGUUGAUUGCUUUUUUUUGCGCGCGGCGAUUUUGGCUGUUGGGCGUAUUUUUUCCCUGUCCUGUCGGUGAGUUAUCGUACGAUCGCCUACGAGCAGCAAAGUGAGAUAGGUUUCGCCGAAGGUGUUUCGUUUUUUGUCGUGACUGGUGUGCUGCGCAGCAGGGCAGUGCGCCCGGCGCUCCCCUUGGGCCAAACCACCUGAAUGCGAGAGGCCUCGCGGAUCUUGAGCCGCGUUGGCGGAUAGGUUUAAGAUCGGGGGAUCUGUGUCUACUUAAGUCUUUUUGCCGGUCAUGAAUGGUACCAAUUUGGUGUAGCUUCGCUUCCGGACGUUCACGUUUUCGGCUUGGAAUUUCGUCACGGGGGGUUACGAAGGUUCAGAGGCAUAGGCUCCCGGUUUGUUUGCUUACUUGUAUUUUCUAUGGUCGUGGUUGCCCGACUUUCAGGGAGAUGUGCGUGUUCAGUUGCGCUCGUGUGACCGUUUGCGUCGAUUCCGGCGGCCUCAGCUUGGGCUUCAAUUCGUAGUUAUAUGUGCCACAGAGUGGGAACUCUUGUACUUCGUACAUGCUGUUGAGGUCGAUUUUGUUGUUAUUGGCUGGUCGAUCGGUCCAGAUUCCUUUCUCUUUUGUGGUGUUUCUUGUUGGUGUGGACACUGCGAGAGUUGGUUUGGUUGUGUGGCAUAUUCGUCUCGGAAUGGGUGGGUAAAGAGGGGUACUUGUUCGACGUCAUCGUGCUGGACUUGCUUCAAAGAUGUGCUGCUGCAGGUUCGUGUCAAUGGGCUGCUGCACGACGAGGGCGGACGGCGCGAGAGAAUAUCCGUGUAUCGUAUAUUAUCGAGUACCAUACGCUGUUGUGUUAUUUCUGUGCAGGAGAGUGUCUCUGGUUCGGUAGAAUGAAGGAGACCUGUCGUUUGUGGGGUGACGUUAUAUUCGUGUUGUGAACUACAGACAGUCUAUAUAGCAAGCAGGAUUAAUAAAUUUCGACAUGGUCAGUCUGGGACAAUUUGUCCAUUUUUUAUUUUUCGCGAUAUCUGAUGAAAGAAGUCGAUUCAGGAGGAAUACAAGCCAUCUUGGUGAUCCCCAAAACAAGGCGAGAAACAUAUAUAUAAAAAAGGGAAAACGACACAACAGGGUAUAUACCCUGGUCGAAAAGCGACACAACUGGGUACACAGUCAUUAACAGCAGAAAAUGCGCUUUUUUGAAUGGUCACCGCCCAAUUUCACCCCGGUGCGUCGCUUUUCGACCAGGGUAUACCCUGCCGUGACCACUUUUCUCAAAAACUGUACCCUGUUUUCGAAAAUGUACCCUGACUUGUCGGGAAAUCAGACCCUUUCAUCAAUCAUUUCCCCCGCAGGAAUCUUCCCAACUCCUUUCCCCUCCAACCAUGAGAUACUACAGUUGUACCAAACGGCGACUCUUCCCGCCCAAUAACAACCAUGGCAACGGGGCAGGAAUCAGUUUCCGCCCCUGCGAAACAACACCAACGAUCAACUCUUCCGCUCUAAAUCAACAAUGGCAGCCGGGCAAUACCCCAGCACAACUCUGUUCCGUUUGGAAACAUGUACACACGUACGAUACCCCGUGAACGACUGCUUGCUGCAGUGUAUAUGCGAGAUGCACGGGUCACGCUAUGAAAGCGAGACCGAUCCUGCAUGGUUGACAUGCAUAUAUAUGCACAUAUUUGCCAAUGUGUCGCGCUGCGCUGAGGGUGGGUCCUACGUAAUUUUUUUGGACUCGAAUGUUUGGGGUGUCGGCGCGUGUACUAUGUUAUCACGCUCGCGGGCUCUUGUCGAGAGCGUGUUGCACAAAGGAGUGACUCAAGUUCCUUGAUUAACUAUUAACGAGUGAGAGACAUGGGCAGGCAAGCAGAGCCUACACGUCAAGUCCAUCACACCCAUCAUGUACAAUAUCUAUCUGCGUAACCCCCGGAGAUCUCGGAGAUUCGUAUCCUGCCGAGUACACACACAAACAGCCCCCCUACUCGGUACGAGACACGAUUACGAGAUCCUCCGUACAUACAUCGCCAAGUAAAACGGCAACAAUUCAAAAACCAUUCACCUUUUGUAUCCACAAAUCAUCUCAACUCCCGGAUCUAUCGAAUACUCAAAUUUCAGGUUACUCCUCCUUCUUAUGACUAUGGAACUUCACUAAAAGUCUUAACAAGCACCCCUCUCGAGAAAACGUCGUCACCACAUUCUCAAGCAGUCAAAAACAAAGAAUUAUACUUGGAAAAAUACUCAGCAAAGAUCAACAUUACAUCAGA